CAUGAUGUUUCCCUAGAGGCUCUGUGACCCCCUCUUCAGGUUCCCUCCCAGAUUGGGGGGGGUGCUAUCUGCAACUGGGAAGCGGGUUUGUCUCUCAGGCUUCAGGGGGCGCUUCCUCACUGAAAAACGCGCUUUUGUGGGUUUUCUCAAGCUGCAGUUACUCCCUUCAGGUGUUAGUUAAAACCUCGUGGUGCGUCCCUGGCCGCCCCCACCCUCCUAGGCCCCAACCCUGAGGCGGUGGGGAUGCGGAGGACGCGUACGCCUCUUCCGCUCCUCCAGCCCACUAGAGGGCAGUGCGGCCGCACCUGGUCCUUCCCGAAGUGCUUCGCGCCCGGCCCCUUCCGCGUGGGUGAGUGAAUGUGAGAGUCAGCGUCGCGCCGCGCUCGCCGUCCGCCUCCGCUGCGCGGCGCCCUUAGUUCGGCUGCGAGGGGCGGGCGCGCGCGUAAAGUCAUAGAGACGGGCGUUGAGCUCUCGGGCUAGAGCGUCGCCGAGUCGGAGCCGGAGCCCGAGCCGCGCGCUGUGUCUCCGCUGCGUCCGCCGAGGCCCCCGAGUGUCAGGGACAAAAGCCGCCGCUGCGCCGCCUGCUCUCGCCGCCGGGGCUCAUCCGCCGCCGCCACCCUGAGGAGAGUCUGCCGCCGUCGCCACCCGUGAGGAUCCGAGAGCCAUGUCGGCCAGCAGCCUCUUGGAGCAGAGACCAAAAGGUCAAGGAAACAAAGUACAAAAUGGAUCUGUACAUCAGAAGGAUGGAUUAAAUGAUGAUGAUUUUGAACCUUACUUGAGUCCACAGGCGAGGCCCAAUAAUGCAUAUACUGCCAUGUCAGAUUCCUACUUACCCAGUUACUACAGUCCCUCGAUUGGCUUCUCCUAUUCUUUGGGUGAAGCUGCUUGGUCUACUGGGGGUGACACAGCCAUGCCAUAUCUAACUUCCUAUGGACAGCUGAGCAACGGAGAGCCUCACUUCCUACCAGAUGCAAUGUUUGGGCAACCAGGAGCCCUUGGUAGCACUCCAUUUCUUGGUCAGCAUGGUUUUAAUUUCUUUCCCAGUGGGAUUGACUUCUCAGCUUGGGGAAAUAACAGUUCUCAGGGACAGUCUACUCAGAGCUCUGGAUAUAGUAGCAAUUAUGCUUAUGCACCUAGCUCCUUAGGUGGAGCCAUGAUUGAUGGACAGUCAGCUUUUGCCAGCGAGACCCUCAAUAAAGCUCCUGGCAUGAAUACUAUAGACCAAGGGAUGGCAGCACUGAAGUUGGGUAGCACAGAAGUUGCAAGCAAUGUUCCUAAAGUUGUAGGCUCUGCUGUUGGUAGCGGAUCCAUUACUAGUAACAUUGUGGCUUCUAAUAGUUUACCCCCAGCUACCAUUGCUCCUCCAAAACCAGCUUCUUGGGCUGAUAUUGCUAGCAAGCCUGCAAAACAGCAACCUAAGUUGAAGACCAAGAAUGGUAUUGCAGGGUCAAGUCUUCCACCACCCCCAAUAAAGCAUAACAUGGAUAUUGGAACUUGGGAUAACAAGGGUCCUGUUGCAAAAGCCCCUUCACAGGCUUUGGUUCAGAAUAUAGGCCAGCAGCCAACCCAGGGGUCUCCCCAGCCUGUAGGUCAGCAGGCUAACAAUAGCCCACCAGUGGCUCAGGCAUCAGUAGGGCAACAGACACAGCCAUUGCCCCCACCUCCACCACAGCCUGCCCAGCUCUCAGUCCAGCAACAGGCAGCUCAGCCAACCCGCUGGGUAGCACCUCGGAACCGUGGCAGUGGGUUUGGUCAUAAUGGGGUGGAUGGUAAUGGAGUAGGACAGUCUCAGGCCGGGUCUGGAUCUACUCCUUCAGAACCUCACCCAGUGUUGGAGAAACUACGGUCCAUUAAUAACUAUAACCCCAAGGAUUUUGACUGGAAUCUGAAACAUGGCCGGGUUUUCAUCAUUAAGAGCUACUCUGAGGACGAUAUCCACCGUUCCAUUAAGUAUAAUAUCUGGUGCAGCACAGAGCAUGGUAACAAGAGACUGGAUGCUGCUUAUCGCUCAAUGAACGGGAAAGGCCCCGUUUACUUACUUUUCAGUGUCAACGGCAGUGGACACUUCUGUGGCGUUGCGGAAAUGAAAUCUGCUGUGGACUACAACACAUGUGCAGGCGUGUGGUCCCAGGACAAAUGGAAGGGUCGUUUUGAUGUCAGGUGGAUUUUUGUGAAGGACGUUCCCAAUAGCCAGCUGCGACACAUUCGCCUAGAGAACAACGAGAAUAAACCAGUGACCAACUCCAGGGACACUCAGGAAGUGCCUCUGGAAAAAGCUAAGCAGGUGUUGAAAAUCAUAGCCAGCUACAAGCACACCACUUCCAUUUUUGAUGACUUCUCACAUUAUGAGAAACGCCAAGAGGAAGAAGAAAGUGUUAAAAAGGAACGUCAAGGUCGUGGAAAAUAAAGGGCAGUUCUUCACAGACUGCAGCAACGGUUUCAUCUGCAUAUUCUAAGAGGAAAAAAAUGACCUUCAAGAGAAUUAGGACUUUUUUCUUAAUUUCAUUGACUUCAGAGACGAUGGCAGACUUACAGUUUAAGUAUUGGAAUUUCACAAAAGACAUAGGACUUAACUGGAAAAAGAAAAAAAAAGAAAAAGAAAAAACUAAACAAAAAAUCCCUCUAGAUAGUUUAGAUGAAAAAUGUCCCUUUUUAUUUUGGCUUUGGUUGUGAUUUCAGAGCAUAAUGCUUUUUUUUCUUUGUCUUUUUACUAUGUUUUUCGGAUUUUAAAGUCCGUAAGUGCAUACAGUUUUCUCUAAUUUUUAAACCCUUUCCUCCUCCCAUUUUGACAUUUGCACUUGGAGAACACCUGAGUUUUGAAGGUAUGGGCCUCCACCCCAGAAAGUGGGAAUUUGGUUUUUCCCUUCCGAACUAGAAGAACAAUUUCAUGAAGAAUUUUUGUCUUGGAGAAUUUAACAGUGUUACCCAAGGUUGUGUCUUUAAGGGUGGUUCAUUUUCUCUUACCCUUUGUUACUCAAAGUAAAGUACUAGGAGUCCUAAGAAAUGUUCUGUUCUUGUACAUUAUACUGAUUAAGUCAGGAUUAAUUUGAUUUCACAGCUAAGAACAGUGGUAAAAACUUGUUUACAGAAAUGCAUUUUGGAAGAGAAAAAUAUUGUAAAACGUGUAGUGAAUGUUUCUUCAGUUUCUUGUUCAGCAAAUGAGGAAAGGGCAUUGCCUUUCUUUUUACCAUUAAUCACUUCUCAAUAAACGUGAGAUCCUGUUGAGCAUCACUUUUACUACCAUUUAUUAGUAUUAUUUGAGUCUGGUAUAUUUUAUGAAAGAUUUAGAAUGUAAGGAGUUUUAAUGAGGUGGAAACUAUUUUUAGAAAGUUUGCUGAGAUGAAAUAGUUCAGGCUUGUUUUUUGUACCCAGAGCUAGAUAACCAUGACCUUUGCAAAGGUGGGCCACAAUUUAUAAUGCUUUAUUUAUGGAUACCUCCCAGAGAAGGUAGAGCCACUGCUAAGUCAUUCAAUAAAUACUUGAUUGUGAGUGCUUAUUAGGUGCCAGGCACUGUGCUAACUCUACAGAAACCUGGCCAGAUUCUUGUGUGCAAAAGAGAGCCCAGUAUCAAGGAUGUAAGUGUUUAAUCUGAAAUAUGGCUUAUGUAGACUGGAUUCCACAUGGAUGUAGCUCCAAGAAUAAAUUCCAGUGGGCUUGGAUCUUCACGAACCAUGUAACCAUAAUGGUAUUUUAUUCACCCUUGUUUAUCUUCUAAGGUUUGGGGCUCCUCUGCCUUAAAGAUUUUUAGCCCUAAGAUGUCCCAGUGUUGGAAAGGUAGUUAAAUGUGUGAAAACUUACAUAAGAAAGGGUUCUGAAAAUGGGUUCUGAACAGUGUUUGCCCGCAAAUGACUUUAUUCAUCCUAGUCUACACAGCCCAGGCUACUAAAUCAAGGGUGUGUGGUAAAAUUAAUAAGUGCUGAUUUCUAAUUACCAUGAUAGUUGAUACUUCAAGUUGAGAACUCUUUCUAUCUGAGGCACAGUACAGCAUACCUAGAUAUUCCUUCCUAUUUGUCAAGCUUUAUAAAAUACAUCCCUCCCAAAUUGGGGAGUCCUUUGUGUUUUCAUCAGUUUGGAGAUGCCCAGUCUCCAAAUUAGAAAUGUAACAUUUAGUGUUUUCAAUUUUAGCUAAAAUUUUUGUGACUUUCGAGGACUCCCAUGCGUUUAAUUGUUUGGUAUUUCACCUUCAAAAGGGAAAAUAUCCAGAGAAAACACAAAUUCAAAAGCAAUUUUACAUAGAUUUUCCUACCUUGUGUUCAGGUUGUGGAUAUGAGAUCAUUCAAGAUGCCUUUUUGCAAUUUGAAAUGUUAGUUUAAUUUAAGCCAAUGCUUCCCAGUCUUUUCACAUCUGUAGAAAAUACUGGUGUGACUUUGGAUGCAGACUGACCUUAAGAAUUGGAGACCCUAAGGAAUUGCUCACCUUAUUCUCCCUGAGUGUUGGGGGUGGUCAGAAUGUGGGAUUUGUGUGUUUUUUUUAAAAAUCUAAAAACCAAUUGGCAUUAUUUGUAGUAUAAAAAUUGGAUUAUGUUCAUUCUAAGAGUUUGGUCCAAAAGUCGGUUUGGUGAAGACCCCAAAAUGCAUCUAAACUAGUUCUCUUUAUUUGCUAAAUGACAACUUGGCCAGUGGAGAUUGUUGACUUUUGACUAUUUGUCCUUAAUGGUUUUGUUCUGUUGUCAUUUGUGAAUGUAAUACUUUGAAUACCCAUGUUUGGUUACUUUUCUCCUUUGUUGAAGAUGUGGGGAAACUGACCAAUCUCACUAUAUACCAUCAGCGUCAAUUCAAAGCAUUUUAAACCUUUAAUAUGAACAAAAUGUAUAAAUCUUCCAUUUAUUCAAUUUAAUCUUAGUUAUAUUUGAUUGGCUAUUGUCCUCCAAUAUGUUCAUUUUUUUAAAGAAAACUUAUUUUGGAGUAAUUUUAGACUUCUGCAAAAAUAGUAUGCAGAGUUCUCAUGUACCCUUCACUCAGCUUUCUUCAAAUUUUAACAUUUUACAUAACCAUAGUAUAGUUAUUCCAAACAGUAAGUAUUGAUACAGUACUGUUAACUAAUCUACAGACCUUAUUUGGAUGUGCCAGUUAUCCAAGGAAUGUCCCUCUUUUCCUGUCUCAGUAUCCGAUUUAGGAUCCCACAUGUAUUUAAGUUGUUGUAGCCUCUAAGAGCCUGUCAGUUCUUUAAUCUUCACCUUUUAUGACUUUGACGCUUGGAGAGUACUAGCCAGUUAUUUAAUAGAAUGCCCCUCAGAUUUGUCUGAUAUUUUCUUACUAUUAGAUUGAAGUUAUUUUUUUGGCAAGAAUGCACAAAAGUCAUGUGCCCUCAGUGCAUUAUCAGGAUAUAUGAUGUCCGUAUGUCUUAUUACUGGUGAUGUUAACUUGGAUCAAUUGGUUAAGGUAGUGUCUGCUGGAUUUCUCUACUGUAAAGUUACUGAUUUUCCCUUUGUAAUAACAGGGAUAUGCUUUAAAACUAUUGUUCUUUGGUUCACUGAUUUUGACAUCUCUGGAUUGUUAUUGCCUGCAACAAGUGGCAUUUGCCAAGUGUUAAUUCACUAUUGUCUAUUAUUUCUUCUACAUUGAGACUAAUCAGAGUUCUGUAAUGAGGAGUUUUCCCCUCAUUAUAAUUGAUAAUGAUUGAUAUAUUUAUUCAAUUAUAUCAGUAUGGACUCAGGAAUAUUUAUUCCAUGGGUUAGUGCUAUCAUUUAUUUUGUUGCUCAAAUUGUCCCAACUUUGGCCAUUGGGAGCGCCUUCAAGUUGGCUCUUGUGUCCUUUUGACUUCCCCCAACGUUUUUUGGAGACCUUAUUUUCUGGUACUACAAAAUGUUCCUGGAUAGUUCUGUAAUUUCUCUGCCCCAGCCCCAUUUCUCCAAGGAGCCAGGUUCCUUUUAUUGGAAAACAUUUAGAAACCACCCCUUGGUUUGUUUUUUUAAAGCAGUUCUUUAAAUGGCAAGAUAAAGUGGAAUUUUUAUUACUGAUAAUAGAUGGAGGAUUAUUUAGCCUAGUCAAAAUAACCACUUCAUUUCUUCCUCUCCUUUUAUGGCACUAUAUAGGAAUCUUACGGAGCUAUGGAGAGGGCUUUCACUUGACAUAAUCACCUAGAGUGGGCCCAAUGAAUGUGCGUUAGUUUGCACCUGUCCAUAAUUUUUACCUGUAGCCUAGUAAAUAGAGACCCAAAAUAUUGGAAGCCCUGGUUUCUACCCCACCUAAACUAUUUUAGGGGUUCAGAGCUUUUUCUACCUGUGAGAAAAUAAAUGGUCAUAUACUAAAA